UCGCCGUUCCCACGUUUGUUUUUUGCCGGUCGAUGUGGUGUAUAAGUGGCGUAUUGUAUUUCUGGGCAGACCGGCGUUUAUAGCCGUUUAUUGUAACCCACUUUGUCCGUGACCGCCGCCACGCGAGCACCUCUAACUACGAGACUGUCAAUGAUGUUCUAUACACGGUGUGGUCGUCGCGGAGAAAGUAAUAUAACAAGUAUAAUGUUCCUGUAGCUACAUAUUAUUAUAAUAUAAGUAUAUCGUCUUCUUUUACUCGCUCGUUCAUAACCGUGUCAAGGCCCCACACUCUAUAGUAUUAUCACGGUCAACCGUUUUCUUCUACACGCUCGCACGCGGAGAUACUUAUACAUACCUGUUGGAUUGGCUUUUUAUAUUUUUUUUCAAUCGAAUUUUUUACUCUUCUCUACAUAUCCGUCGCGCGCUAACGUGUCCGCUCGCAGUCCAAUUGCAACUGUCGCCGCCGCCGUCGUGCGUUAAAUUAUUAUUUUCUCGACAUUAGUAUAUUGAUUUACAGCUUUUUUCAAUUACACCGCGACAAUGGCAACGGUGUUCGUUUAGCGCAGGCCGUUCGGAUUGGCGAAGAUGAACCACCGUAAAACACGUACGGUCGCGGCCGUAUGGUUGUUGCUGGCGCUCAGCUUGCAAGUACACCUUUCGGCAGCACAGGAAGUCGUCCAGACAGCACCUGCGUCUGCACCGGAACAAGCGGUCGAACACCGCGGAGUUAAGUCCUUCGAAACCCAAGAAGACGGCGACAGUGCCGUGGCCGUCUUAGAGGAUGCGACCACGUCGUCCCUACCCACUAGACUGCUCGAACAAGUCGACACAGAAUUUGAACGAAAACAUCAACAACAACAAGGCAUGAAGAUCAAAAAAAAAAGGAAGCCCAUGCUCAAAGGAAAGCACAAGAAGAAGAAACAAUCGUUCAAGGACAAAAUGAUGCCACUUAUGAUGAUACCGGUCGUGUUGCAGAUCAUGACCAUACCUAUGAUGAUAAUGAACUUGAAAAUGUUGGCCAUGAAAGCAAUAUUGGUUGGAAAGCUGGCAAUGCUUUUGGUGAUAUUGAACGCCAUUCGAAAUUGGUCGAUACGAGCAGGAGGGGGCGGUUCGAUCAAAAGUAACGCGCCUGAAGGGGAUUCGGAAUUGAUGUCGCAACACUACGGAUAUAACGGUGGACCGGAGUACGGUGCAUUAAUGAACAACUGGUACUGGAAAAGAAGGUGAUAUUUGCUAGCCCAGGACCGAACUCAAGAAAUAAGCCACGACUAUUCGACUCGACAUGGCUGCUCUCUUGUAAACACAUUAGGCUGAUCAAAUUUAACAUAUUAUAAAUUAUAAUUUAUUACUUAAGAUAUUAUUUAUUUAUUUAAGUCUCUAAGAUGUUAUAGUCAUUGUUACAUUUUAAGCUUAUCCAUAACGAACAAAAGUAUUUUUAAUAUAUUGAGUACUCAGUACUGUUGUCCAGAACGUGUGCCUGAACUAAUGUUGUUACAUAUUUGUCGACAAAAAGUACAAAAGAAAAAAUAAACAUCCAGUUUAUCAUUAAA